CUUACUGUUUUUUACUGACAUGUAUGGUACCGCAUAUUUCUAUAUGGCCUUAGUAGCUGAUGAUUGCUCAGAGAUGAGUCUCUUUUACUGUCAAGUAACUUCGCUAAGAGAUGAGACUCCUUUACUUCUGAUCUUGAAGGUUCAAUAUAGUGUAUUUUUUUUGGAAGGAUAUUUGAAUUUACUGCUGACACAUUUGAAAGGAUACAGGCUACGGACGCUAUCGAAACAGUAAACAGGUCUUCGAAUAAUAACAGGAAGAGUCCGAGAGGAAGAAAAUCGACGCUGUUGAAAAAAUAUAUAUAACUCCAAACCGGAAAUACUUAUAUAGUAUAUAUAAAUCAGAACGUGGAAGCUGAAUAUACUGGAGGGAUUUUGGACAAUUUCAGCUGGUUUAGAGAAUAUCACUUGUAACCAGGGCAUUUCGUCACAAAAUUGAGACGAUUUGACUUUUGACUCGAAAGUCGGACGCUAUACAGUACGUCCUAUCAAUAUAAACGGCUGACUUAGCGUUCACUGUCUGACUACACAAAACUUGAUUUAGAGAAAUUAUAAACAAAGACAAUUUAUCGAGACGUAACUGGACGCCACAACGUUGUGCAUAUUGAAACUUAUCGACAAAUAUUACCCGGAAAUAAUACACUUCAUCGAAAAAGAAGAAUCGAACAUAUCUUCUCAGACAGAAAGACGAUUCGUCACAAAAAUCAGUAUAAUUCGUCACAAAAAUGAAGCAAUUUAAAAUCGUCUUAAUGGGGUCGGGAGGAGUCGGCAAGACAUCGAUCACAACACAGUUUACUCGUCAAUAUUUUGAAGAACAUUAUGAGCCGACAAUCGAGGAAGUCCACAGGAAGACGUACUUGUUGGAUGGAGAACAAUGUGUGAUCGAAUUGAUGGACACGGCAGGAAUCGAUCAAUUUGCGCAAAUGAGAGAUGUUUAUAUCAGAGAGGGUCAUGGCUUCAUUCUUGUGUACUCUAUUAUCGACAAGAACUCGUUCGAAGACGUGCAGAUAAUACAUGAACAGAUUAUAAAAGGAAAAUGCAGUGACAAUGUCCCGAUCGUACUGGUCGGUAACAAACGGGACCUGGAAGGCACUGGGCGAGAAGUGGACACCGCCAACGGGGAAGAACUCGCCGCUAGAUGGCCUCAGUGCAUUUUUAUGGAGACAUCGGCAAUGGAUAAAGGGGAGGUCGAGGACGUUUUCGCAAAAGCAGUUAGACAGAUCAAUAACUUUGAGGGAAUACGUCGAGAUCGAAUCUCCGCCCUUCAUAAAGAAGCAUCGAAGAAAAAAAAGGGGAACACUAAAAAAUGUUCGAUUAUGUAACGGCAUUAUAUAUGAUGACGUCAUAUACGGCGUAUGAGAAACUCUCAAACCUCAUCAACUUAUGGCGGCAUUCGUGAGAAGAUGGCAAUAAAUGCGGCGAUGACGUCAUAAAAACCAUGAGAAGGUUGUCAUAAACUUACGCCUGUAUCAAUAAUAUGACGGCCUAGACUCCGUUGGAUGUUGUCAAUAAUCGUGUUAUCAAAACUAUGAAACAUUAAAUUAGUGGAAGCGUUUCAGAAUACCAUGUUCAUUGCUUAUUGAUUGUAUAUCAUGGCUGUAAAAUGAGGUUUUAAAAACUGUGAUAUCUUGGCGGAGAGGUGAAACAAGUUUGAAAUAAUUGAAGAGCUUUUAAAAUCCGAUUCUAAAUUAAUAUGUAAUUAUAACUCAGUUUUCGAGAUGCGCAAUUAAUUUCUUCUGGGUGGUCAUAAAAAACAGAAUACAAAAUUCGAACAUACUCUAAACCAGAGAGAGCAUAACUUUCGUGCAAAGCGUCCUACUGAAACUUCUGGGCACAAUCAUACACAAAAAGAAGCUCAAGGUAAAAUUAAUUUUCCUUAUUUUCAUAGAAAUAUUCAAGAACAUCAUGGGUUCUCUAUUUUGGGUCAUUCAGCAUGAAUCCGGUGUACACUGGUCGCGAGAAAUUUUCUUAUUUCAACAGCAAAAAAUUUUCUUUUUUGUGUUGGGGGAAAAUUUGAAAAUAAGGGCUUCUGCGCCUCCCUGAACCCUCCUACAUUUAUAUCGAUAUGGAUAUUAGACUUCGCCAUGAAAAAUUGAAUUUAUUUUCAAAUCAUUGUCAUAAAAAAUGAUUUUUGUUGUCUUUUUGUUAUUUUUUUCAUUUAUUUUUUUCUGUCACAAUUAACAGUGAAUCUUAGCGCUUCAUAAUGGGAGUAAUACCCAAAUCGAACGUUUUGAUUGCCUUGGCGUUAUAAAAAAAAAAACAGCAAACUGAGUGACUAAAACGCCUCACAAAACACGAAUACCCUCUGAAACAGUGGUUCUCAAACUUGUUAUGCCGCGCCGUGGAUCGUAACAGAUUUCCACUAUUUGUAUAUUGUAUUCCACUAUUUUUGAAUUCUUUAUCCCAUUUGUGAGGGCUUUAUCGGCUUUUUUACUAGUUUUGUGUAAUGUCACACUUGGAUCCGACUCCUGGUUCAAACUCUAACUUCAAGAUAAUCAAUUUUUAUCACAAAAAAACUCGGCUUUUGAAGAAAAAUUGGACUCCAUUUAUAACCUUUGAUAUUUGCUGAACUUGUUAGCAAUACAUGGUUCCAGCGAGGCCAAUUAAUUGUAGGCACAGAUAAACAGAAGGGAACUGAUUUAAUCAGAGGUGUGUAGCCGCAAAUUGGAUCCUUUGUAUAAGGGCUUCCCAAAUUUCAACGAUCGUGACUCCUUCCAAUAUAUUGAAAUUUUUCGCGACCCCCUGUUUCGAGAAGCGCGCGCUUUUCGGGUCUUAUAUUCAAAGUUCGCCGCUUCCCUUAUCCUAUUCUCUCGGAAUUUUUUUGCAUCAGUUUUAAUAAUUGUGUUUCGAAUAAAAAGUCGUAUAUCGCUUUGUGUUAAAUUGGUGUGUACUCUUUGCGACCACUAAAGUUAAUUGCUCGACCCGCUGCGGUGUCACGACUUCCAGCUUGGGGGAGCCCUGCUUUAUACAAUGCCUACUUACGUCUUUCGUUCUAAACAAGGCAGGUUUUUACUGAUAUCCAGUAACUUACUCAAUUCUCGACUUCAAGGCCAUCCGAAUCUGAGCUCCGGAACUCAUGCUAAAUAAAUUUUGAUGAUUAAUGCAUGUUGUAGUUUCCUUUGAGAAUUUCAGAUCACGCCCUCGACUUACUGGCCGUUCAUAAGACCAACUUCCGACACUGAAUUCGACCCAAUAUUCAGUAUAACGAUCCGCCGAUAAAAACUUUAUUGUCGGAAUGCAGCCUCUGGCUUUAUAGUUCCAUAUGUGAAUUUUUACUCCGACCCUCGGUGCAUAUAAUAAACUGAAAAUUAAAUGUGAGAUGAAUUCAAAAUUCUGACUACUUUUUUCUCGUAGAAGUAAAUACGAAAUUACGGGUUCUAAUUAUUUUUGGGGUCGCUCUGUACAAUUCCGAUUCCAAAAUAAGCAAAAAACCACCAAGUCCCGGCUCCACAACGGUUUAAUAAUAAAGCGAAACUCUAUGCAUCAAUGCGUAUAUGAAUAAUUAUUUGUGUAUAUACCACACUGUACAUUUUAAUGUUGCAACUUGAAUGUUUUAAGUGAAAUACAAUUUCUUUGAGAAAAAUUU